AUGCCUCAACCAUUUGAAGACACAGCAGGUGUUGAGCGUUUGCUUGAUGAUGUUGGGGCUUGGUCUUUGCAGGAGGAUGUUGCGCAGUGGCUGACGAAGCUCUCGACAGUGCCAGCGGACAUCCUGGAUGUGGCCACUGCAGCUGAAGAUAGUUGGACUCGCCACUUUGUGGUGGCACAUUACAACAAGAUGACGGACUUGGAAGGCCUCCACAUCGACAAGUUCGGCCAUCGUAGGCUGCUUCUACUGGCUGCCCAGGAGCUCCGGCGUGCUGUCCAGGUGGCCAGUGACCGACCAACUCCACUAGGUCCCCGUGGCGUCGGCGACUUCACGGUCGCAUUGUCGCCCACCUCGUCCACCGGGAGUGGCCCGGGCAUCGCUGGCCCUGCCUACUCCGCUUGUGUCCCUCAAG